UCUUUAUUUGCUGUAUGAUCAAGAAUAUCAUCUCCCUUUCCAUUGGAGAAACUGACCCAAGCAUGGAGUUAGGAAAAGCCAAGCUUCUGAGAACAGGCUUAAAUACUCUGCACCAAGCCAUUCACCCUGUGCAUGGAAUAGCAUGGACGGACGGUAAACAGGUUUGUCUCACAUCUUUGUAUACGCUUGAUGGCGAGCCCAAGUUUGGCGACACAAAUGUUAUUGGACAGUUUGAACAUGUCUUGGGACUCUUUUGGGGGCCCCUGUGCUGUGCUGGAUCCCCAGCUUUGCUUGCCGUACAGCAUAAGAAGCAUGUUACGGUAUGGCAACUUCAGCUGAGCACUUUGGAACAGAAUAAACUCUUGUGCACGCAAACUUGCGAGAUGAGCGAACCGUUCCCACUAUUAUCCCAGGGAUGUGUCUGGCAUCCCAAAAUGGACAUUUUAGCUGUGUUGACGAAGCGAGACGCCUCUGUCCUGUUUUCUGUGCGGGUUGAUAAUCGUCGGGUGAAAGCCGACAUUAAGGGCAGCGGUCUGAUCCAUUGUGCCUGUUGGACUAAAGAUGGAACCCGACUUGUGGUUGCCAUAGGUAUCGCGUUGCACUCAUACAUUUGGAAUGAUAUCCAAAAAAGCCUGGUGGCAUGUUCCUUCUGCCCCGUUUUUGAUGUUGGUGGCUAUAUCUGUGCCAUUGAGUCCACCGAUGAUGCGCAAAUCGCUGUAGCUACAGAACUUCCUCUUGAUAAAAUUUGCGGGCUCAAUGCAGGCAUCGCUUUUGACUUCCCGAACAACUCUGAACCAUCACCGUCCUGCCAAGCUCCUGUCCUGACGGUGGAUGCAGGCUAUUAUUUGGACUCUCGGAGGAGGUCGUGUGAUUCUGAGCGUUCAGGACAUGCCUCAUCGCCCGGACCCAUAGAUCUAACCCACAUUCUUGCCAAACACAGAAAAUCAGACCCAAGCCCACUCAUUCACUUAAGGCGGCGAGAUCAUUUGGCCGGGCCAGGUCAGGACUCAUCGUAUCUGAUUUUGGUGACAUACGAACGCAAGGUCACCACCACGAGAAAAGUCAGCAUCCCUGGCAUCCUAGUUCCGGACAUCAUUGCCUUUGACCCAAGUGGAAGCACCAUGGCCGUGGCCUCGAACACUUGCAACAUGAUCCUGGUUUAUUGCAUCAUGGAUUCUUCCAUGCCCAGUGUCCAACAGAUCCAGCUGCAGAAAAAUGAAAGGCCCAAAGGGGUGUGCUUUUUCACCAACAAGAUGCUUCUCUUCAUGAUUGGCCGCCAGAAGUCCAAUGAUCCAGCUUUCCUCCCCUCCUCUAACACGGACAAGUACAUCUUGAGACUGGUAACUAAGGAGCUGGUCUUCGACGAGGAAGCUGCAAUCCCAGUGGUUCCCAAGCCAGAGUCGCCAAGCCAGCAUCAUGGGAUUAGGCGGCAUUCUGAGAAUUUCUGCAAAGAGGACCGUCUAUCAAUAAAGGAUCUAAUUCUUCCAGGAGGCUCGGUAAUUGCUUCACCAACAAGUAGGAGGAAACUAAUUGAUGAAGUUCGCAGCUCAGAGCUGAGCCCUGUGGCGAGCUCAGCUGACUUCUCGGACAGAGCUGUUUCCAGUGCCUCGUCUAUAACUCUGGAAACCUAUGACAUGGAUCACAUCAGCCGAAUGUCCACGCUAGCCGUAGCUGGCCAGGCCAGCCGUGAUUCGAUUCGACCAUGUUCGCCCAGGUACGAGGCCUCGGAAAAACUGUACUCUGAUGACACACCGCCAAAGAACAGCUACCAAUCCAAAGACAUGAACCUGGAGCAGCUAACACAGAAUAUGGAGAGGAUAUUCUCCCGUUUUGCAGACGUCCAGCAGUGCCUCUCAGAAAUCAGAGACGUAACCCAAAAUGGCAAGAAGAUGACAUGCAAUUAUCCAUCUGCUUGUGAACCACAAUAUGUGCAAAUAACAUGUCGGAAACAGUUGUCAGAGAAUGUGUAUACGGACGAAAGAAGACCUGUGCUGUUAUGUGGGGGCCGGAUCUGUCUACGUGUAGUGCAGGAACUCUUCGGCCUGACAGUUGUGGAAAUGAUGCAUGGUCCAAUGUGGCUUGUCUUGGUAGCCGAUGCAGAUGGUUUUGUUCCACUUACAUUUAAACACAAGGAUGAACUCACAAUCAGAAAUGUGAAAAGGAAAUCUCCUGUAAGACCACCCAGUGGCGUGGAUGAAUUACCCCCUGGAAGUCCACAGUCUCCCAAUGCAGAGAAAUGAAAACCCAUAUAAUCUUUUCAUAAUGAAGAGAACUUUGAUAUAUAUAUUUUUAUAUAUGUUUUUUUGUUAGCUGGAUAUUGUGGCUGACACAAGAAUAGGAAAGGUUAUUUUCAGGGAAUAUUUCUCACUGAAAUAUUCACAGCUUUGAUCUUUCCUGGAUGUUGGUAGCUUUGUGUAAUGUGACAGUUGUACAAUAAUAUGUGAAAUGUGAGGGCAGUUCUAUUUUUUAUUUUGCUGAAGAAAUUCUUGGGUGCCUGCUUGAUUGUGCUUAAAUUAGUUUUAAACCUGUCCCAUAUUUUAGCAGGACAAUAAAAUUAAGAUAUAAAUGGUAA